CGUCACAGAAAUUAAUGGUGGUGUGAGAGAGAAAGAAAAGAAAGAGAUAGAUAGAAGCUAUCUAUAGCUACUAGGAAGAGGAUUUUGUUCAACAAAGUGAGUGAUCCACCAUGGCCUCUUCAAAUUCACCAUGUGCAGCAUGCAAGUUCUUGCGUCGCAAAUGCCAACCCGAGUGUGCUUUUGCACCCUAUUUUCCUCCCGACCAACCCCAGAAGUUUGCAAAUGUUCAUAGAAUUUUUGGGGCCAGCAAUGUCACCAAGCUUCUCAACGAUUUGCACCCUCAUCAACGUGAAGAUGCUGUGAAUUCCCUUGCUUAUGAAGCUGAGAUGAGACUCCGUGAUCCUGUGUAUGGCUGUGUUGGAGUCAUAUCACUCUUACAGCACCAACUUCGCCAGCUUCAAAUGGAUCUCUACUGCGCCAAAUCUGAGCUCUCCAGGUACCAAAACCUAAGCAGCAUCACCACCAAUCACACCCUCAUGGCCUCUGAAUCCGCCGCAGCCUUCCACCACCACCACCACCAGAACAACAACACUGCUAACAGCUUUGGCCGAGACCAUCACUACCACUUUCACCACCAUCAGUUUUUUCCCAGAGACCAACACCAACAAGUAGCAAGAAGCUUUGAUGGAGGCAACAACUACGAUGCAAGCCUCUUGGCCAUGAACAUAUCUGCCAGCUUAGGGCAACUCAACCAGCUUCAGCAUCAGAGCGCUGCUGGCGGUGGCGAUGACCGCCACACUGCCAACCGCUCCUAGGGUUUCAUCAGGGUUGCCACAUAUAUUUAGUCAUGCAAUAGGUAAUUAAUUACUUUAGUUAAACUUUUCAUUUAAUAUGGUUCAUUUGAUUUGUGGCUUCUUGAUUACCAUCUUCAAAUCAUCUCCACCUGCAUAUUUUGUCACUCACAAUGUAUAAAUUUGGACUCACAACGCUGUCAUAUUCUUCAAUUCUAUACAUAUAAUGUAAGCAAUUCCUCAUGUGCUUGCCUAAGUCAAGUCAAUUUGGAAAUACUAUUACUCUACAUUGUGCUGUCUAAGUUUUGGAAAUGUCAAGCUCACUAUU